CGGCCUUCCCACGCCCAGUCAACACCUGAUCCGUGUGAUGACGUCGGGUAAACACGAUCGCUCUCCCCCACACCAUGUCGCUGUUCCAAGCCCUCCCCCGCCGCGCCGUCCGCCUCGCGCCUCGUUACACCACGCGCCGCCUCGCGUCCUUCUACAACGUCGACGUGUCGGGCCUGACGGACGAAGAGCACGAGUUCAGAAACGCAGUGAACGACUUUGCGGAGAAGGAGGUCGCGCCCCGCGCCGCGGAGAUCGACAAAUCGAAUACCUUCCCAGCCGACCUGUGGCCCAAGAUGGGCGAGAUGGGGCUGCUGGGGAUCACCGUCGCGCCUGAAUACGGUGGCCUCGGGCUCGGCUACCUGCAGCACACGCUCGCGAUGGAGUCGCUCUCGCGCGCGUCGGGCUCGGUGGCGCUGUCCUACGGCGCGCACUCGAAUCUCUGCGUCAACCAGAUCCACCGGCACGGCACGGCCGCGCAGAAGGCCAAGUAUCUGCCGGACCUCAUCAGCGGCGCCAAGGUCGGCAGCCUAGCGAUGAGCGAGACGGGGAGCGGCAGCGAUGUCGUGAGCAUGCAGCUCAGGGCGGAUAAAGUCGAGCGCGUUGCUGGUGCGGUCCUCAUGCAGCUUCCAUCUGUGGUGUUGCUCAACAGGAUUACAAAUGGCCCCUCGGCAUCGACGCUAGUGGUGUACGCCAAGACUGCACCGGAGAAAAAGUCCAAGGGAAUCACAGCCUUCCUGGUCGAGCGAGGGUUUGAGGGAUUCUCGACGAGCCCGAAGCUGGACAAAUUCGGGAUGCGAGGCAGUGACACGUGCGAAUUGGUAUUCGAGGACUGCUUCGUUCCAGAAGAGAAUGUACUGGGUCAAGUCAACAGAGGGGCGGCGGUGCUCAUGUCAGGGUUAGACCUCGAAAGGCUCGUUCUGAGUGGUGGGCCUCUGGGACUAAUGCAGGCGGCAUUUGAUUACGCACUCGAAUACGUCCAUGAGCGCAAGCAAUUUGGACAGGCGAUUGGGACGUUUCAAUUGAUGCAAGGCAAGAUCGCCGACAUGUACACCAACCUUAACGCGAGCAGAUCCUAUGUGUAUGCCGUGGCGAGGGCCUGUGACCAAGGCAAAAUCAGCCGUCGAGACUGUGCCGGCGCGAUUCUGUAUUCCACGGAGAAGGCGAUCCAGGUCGCGCUCGAGGCCCAGCAAGCGCUGGGUGGAAAUGGAUAUAUUAACGAAUAUGCCGUGGGUCGCAUCGUCAGGGAUUCCAGGCUGUAUGCCGUGGGGGCUGGGUCGCAGGAAAUUCGACGGAUGUUGAUUGGGCGUGAAUUCAACCAGGAGAUACUCGGGAGAGCGUCGUAGCACACUACAUGACACUGUAUGAGCGGGCUCACGGAGCUCAGCGUCAAGUGAUCGAUCGAAAAACGGAUCGAAGGCGGUGAUCAAAAUGGACCAAAUUGGAAUUGAAUGAGCGGAUGCCUGACACAGGAGACUGAGCUGCUAUAAUUUUCAGCGGACCAUCUUGGCCCUUUCCAGACAUCCGCCCACUCGACAUGUUUGCCGCAACAUACGAGUCGACACAUCCUUUGCGUCCCAUUCCCAUUGCUACUCCAGGACAACGGCGUCCGUCACUCGAACUGAGCGGGUUCUCCAAUAUGUUCCAGCGCUGGGAUCUGACGGCCUCCCCUGAAUCGUCGCCGAUAUCCCGCAGAACGUCGCAGAGUUUCGAUAUGGACUAUCCGCCCAUCCCGCCCGAUUACGAUCUCGGCGCGCAACCAUCCCGGCAGCGGACGACGCAAGCGUGCGACAAGUGCAGGGACAGGAAGACCAAGUGUUCAGGCGACCAUCCGGUGUGCAAGCGCUGCACGGCGCGCGGGUUGAUAUGCCACUACUCCGGACGAGAACGCGUCCGCGGGCCCGCGAAAGCCCGGAUCCGCCAGGCGGUCUCGACGUCCUCCCUCGACAUGCGGUACGCCGACGACGCAGGUCUAGUACGCGGGGUGAAACAGGAGGAGAUGAUGGGCCACCCGCUCGCGGACUACUCGCCCGAGUAUGGCAUCCACCACACAUACUCCCCGCAGCAGGCUAUGGGCGGCGGCCAUCGCCGCUUUCCCCCGUAUGCGCCCCAGCCGCACGAGUACACCCGGAUGUCCCUGCCGCAGGUGCCACAGCCAGACCCAUUCUACCCCUUCCUCAAUCCACACCACGGCGGGCACCUCCAGGACCUGGGGCAGCAGCAGCACUUCGUGCGGCGCGCGCAGAGCCAUUCGGCGCUGCGGCUGGGCGACGCUGCGUUCCACCACACCCAGCCGCGGCCGUACCCAGCGGCGAUGGUGCAUCGGCCUGUGUCGCAAGACGGGGCAGGUGCCGCGCGGGCACCGCCGGCCGUGGUGGAGUUCGACAUGCGCCAGAACGUCCCGCGCAACACGCUGGGGCUCGAUUUUGACUAUCACGACGACGGUGGCAGUUCUGGCUCGGAGCCGCCGUCGGCGACAGCGUCUGUCUUCAGCAUCAAUCUCUCGCACUCGUCCGAGUCGUCCGAAAGCACGCUGCCAGAGCCCCUGUCUCGGUCGGCUUCAGAGCUCGACUUGCACACGCCCGGACAGCACGCAACGCCCAUCUCUAUGCGUUAUCGGCCGCAGAGUCAGUCGCUUGAGUACGGUAAACCAGGGCCGAUCGCCGCGCGAGGGUUCCACCCGCACUCGCCAGCCGCGUCGAUCCAUUCGCUCUCGCCCCCGAGAACUGAGCUCGCUGUCCCGCAGAUCCGGGGCCAAUUUGCGAACCCGUGGGCGCCUGACGAGCGUGCGCGCGAAGUGGAGCUGGCAUAUCCCGCUCCGGUCACGCCAAUCACGCUGGGCAGCGAAGGUGUCGAUCUGUUAGCGGUGGUCGGAGGGACGCCUUAUCCUCCUCCUGAGCCGUCUUCUCCUUCGGAGGGGUCGGUGCAGGACACUCCGCGACGCGGCUCAGACCCCGGCGCUGGGUCGUUCCCACUGCUCAAUACCCCUCUCGCGGAGAAUCCCAUCUGAUCUGUUGUACUCGUCCCAUUCUGUAUUCUGUCGCUUUCUGUAUUCUUUCUCUUCCCUGCUGGAAAUUCCACUCGCGCACUUGCUAUCGUCAGUAUUGUUGUUCACAACAAGCUAAUAACGCGUAGAAAGGUCACGUGCAUACAAUGCUCGGUCCUAGCGAAGGACAAUGGCAGGCCAAAGUGUUUCCUAAUUCGAGCGUCAAAGCGCGGAUUCAGUCUCGCUAUAAAAUCGGGGAGAGGAAAAUGCCACUGUCAGCCACCCAUGUAUCACACUCGUCCUCAGUAUUAUUAUCCGCCUGCGCCGAGCAUUGCCCCGCUGAGUGCUGCUAUGUUCAGCCCCCUUGGAGAACCUGCUCCGUGGAAGGGACACCGGCAGAGGAAGACCAGCUCCACUUCUCUGGAGACUGUCGAUCGAAUCGAAAGAAACAUUCCAGCGAGCUCUUCACGGAAGAUUUCCAGCGGAGGAUUCUUUCCGAUUCCAGAGCUCGAAGACGGCGUCGAUUACUUCAAGAUAGGAGAUUCGGUUCGCAUCCGGCGAUGGAAUGCCAGCACUGACAGCUAUUCGGGCUGGUAUGUCGGGCAGGUCAUGCGCCCGAUUUUGAUCGAGAACGAGGAUGGGAGCCAGCGUCGCAACUACGUCGUUUCGUUCGCCAAUCCGCGGACGAAAGAGCCGCAGGAAAAAAUGUUCUCGCCAUUCUUCAAGGAGAUCGCGCCGCUGGAAUGUGCUGGGGACGGCGUUUCUUCUCUGCGGGACGAGUUCAGCAGCGGCCGGCAGAUCGUGCUGGCUCCGCUGCCUGUGGCGCGUUCGGUGGCGUCUGGGUCGACUGGAUCGACGAAGGAGGUCGUGUAUACGCCUGCUGCCGUCCUCACUGCCCCGGAUGACCAUGGACGCGUUCGAUUACGGGUGUUGGAAGGGCCUGCCGCGGACAGAGAGUUUGAUCAUUUUGCAAUCAAGUAUGCGCGCCCAUAUAGUGCGCAAACGGUCCAAGAGCUGAGAAAGAAAGGCCACAAGGUAGAAGGAGAUGGGUGGACUCGUUUCUAGCCGUUUCGCUUGUACUUACACACAUAAUUCUUGUCGAAUAUAAUGGUUGAGUGGUCCGGACCGUUUGACAUUGAUCCGAGUGGACCGCAUCGCCACAAGUAUCUUUUAUGCCCUUGAGCCCCAUCUCUCGACAAGAGUUUGCGCGGUUAAUCCAGAGAUGCAGACCUCCAUCCGGCUGGCCAACUAGAAUUGGUGUUGCCAACUCAGGUGGAUCCGACUCGACAUGUCUGCUCUUCCUUCUCAACCGCUAUCUCAAUGACGUCCGCGGCGCGUCAACAUCCCGUCCAAAAGGCCUAGAGAGUCGCAGAAUCUCCCCCGAGGACGCGUACUCCAGACUUGUGUCGCUCACCAUCGACCAUGACCUCCAGCCGUCCUCCGCCGCCAUGGCCGCGCACUGCGCGAGCGUCGCCAAGACGCUCGGCGUCAAACACGCCUCCGCCGUCAUCCCGUGGGGCACCGCGCCGCACCCGGACAAACCGCAGCCCGGGACACCCUUCGAGACGGCCGCGCGCACCUCGCGCUACCACACGAUGUUCGAGAUGAUGCUGCGCGAGGGCGUCGACGUACUCGCGCUCGGACACCAUGCGGACGAUCAGGUCGAGACGUCGCUGAUGCGCCUGGGGAAGGGCUCGACGGAGAUGGGCGCGGGCGGCAUGAAGCGCGUGCGCCGGUGGGGUAUGUGCGCGGUCGAUACGCGGGGCGAACUGGGGUUCGCUGGGCUACCGGGGAUGUCGCGAUGGAUGAUUCGUCCCCUGCUGGAUGUUAGCAAGGACCGAAUUCUGGCGACGUGUGCCGAGGAGAAUCUGGAAUACGUGACCGACUCUACCAACUUCCAGCCCGAACUUACAAUCCGGAACUCCAUCCGAAAGCUAUUGUCACUCAACACGCUUGACUCUACGGCUCUCGGGACAGACAUUCCUGAGCAUAUCCAGGAACAUAUCGAUCAAAUUCAAGAAGGUCUAUCGGAUCUGGAACUGGUCAACAUCGACCCUGCCGAUGGGCCCGAAUCUGUGCGCAUGUCGGUGUUGAGUCUCACGGAUCAGGUGGAAGAUAUCGAAAGCGAAGUGGACAGCUGCCUCAAUCGGUGUCGCCUGCCCUCGCCAGAGGGCACCAUGCUCCUGUCGUACCGCGGUCUCAAAACCAUCCGCGACAUGAACGUCCGCCGGGCGCUCAUCCUGCGAAUCACGCGCUACCUGUCGCUCAACCCGUGGGGCUCUCUCCGUGCAGAUGGAAACCGGCGCCGACAGAGUCUGGUGCGGAUCAUGAAGGCGCUGUGGACACCAGAUCCCAUCGGGGCGGGCCUCGCACCUUUCGCGGCGGGCGGCGGCGUUCUCUGGCAGCCUGUGACAGUCGGAUCUACUCGAAUACGGUUCAGUGCGACCAAGUAUACCCCACAGCCGGGUGACAUCGACGGCUGGCUGGUAUCGCGCCAGCCCCCCAUCCAGAUGCGCACCGUUAUCGAGGAGGAGCUCGAAAAUGCCGUGCGUGUUGAUAUCACCGAGGAAUUCAGGGCGAAGCUGGAGGCCAGAGACCAUGACGAGGGCACGAAGAUGCAGAUUAUGUGGGACAAUCGUUUCUUGGUGACCUUCGACAUGCACUCUGUCCCGGAUGAUGUCGCGGCUGGCAUCCUCUCAGGAUCAGACCGGCUACUCAUACACCCUGUCACGCGGUGGUACUGGCCCAAGGUCCUCUGGCAGACCGCCGAGCCCAAGGAGUGGAUCGUGCUGCACUCGACAGUCGUCUCCGACCGAAACAUCAAUCCUUUCAGACUGGACCGCGACACCAUGUUCGACUGGCAAUACGUGCGCACAGAGAAGAAGACCGCAGACUGGAUUCGCUCCGAGUGGAUCCGUCCGCUGACCGCGCUCUGAAAAUGGGGGUGGAAAGCUAUAGUUUCGGUAGUACGACGAGGAACAUUUCGAUUACGUCGUGCCAGAUCUGGAUGUCGAAGUAAUCGAAACAGUUGUGCCCGAACUCCAGCGUCGGGACCGCCCCCGGAUAGGCGCCGACUUCUACCUUGCGUGCCCAGGGAAUCCGUUGCAGGAUCUCUUCACUGCACGAGGGAGGCAGGAUCGCGUCUAAGCUGCCGUGGAUGACGAGGAAUCGGGUGUCCCGGGACAGCUUGUGGUAGUGGUUUCCGAGAUCAAAGCUGUAUCCCUGAAUACAUCGUCAGCUGUAUUCCAGAUUCCUCGCAUUAGAAACUUGCUGCCUGCAGUUGCUUUGCGAUGACUGCUCUCGGCCUUCGUUGUUCAGUUC